AGUACAACAUUGAGAGCAGGGCAAACACUAAACCCUGGACUCACCGUGGUGGGAUUAGGCGCCUAGGAGGAGUCAGUAUCCCCUAUCGACCGGUCAUACCCGCCGUACGCUCUACAUUUUGAUCAGAUCUCCAUUCAUUGUUGAAUGAAAACUUUUCCUCCAAACAGUGAAGGCGACCCUCUACAAUGCUGUCGUAAUUACAAACUACGUGGUGAUUCAUGUGAAGAAUGUUGGCCAGGCACCUUUGGCAUAGAUUGUAAGGAGGACUGUCCUGACGGGUUCUAUGGACCUUUAUGUGCAGAAGUCUGUAAUUGUUCUUCAUGCGACAAAGUCUCUGGGUGUCAUUCUUCAACUCAGACUGAUAAGGAUAUCAAUUUUAUUUCAGAGAAUUCCAAUAAUGAGAGCGUUAUCAUUGGUUCAUCAUUGGCAGGAAGUCUUACUUUCAUAAUAGUUAUCGUCAUCUACUGCAAAAAGAGCAGAAACAGAACCUUAAUGACUCCAGAUUCAUUUAUUCAAAAAGGCGGAUUACAAGUCAGUACGAUACCAUUGAAUCGAUUCCCUCAACUCAGUCCAUCUUCCAGUAACGAAGCUAAUAGUGGCGAUCCAGAAUCAACAUUUCACGGCGGGAAGUUUGAACCGUUAGAACCUCAAAUGUGUUGUCAGCAAAAUGAUUUUACUGAUAAUUCGAUAAGUUCAAAAGAGAAUAGUCAUGCUAAGCUGUUGUCAUCAGACAGUGUGUACUGUCAUAUGAACAUGGAAGUCGACCAUUACGACAUAAUAGAUUUGCCAUUCGAUAGUAGUCAGGAAACUGAUGAAGACUUCUACUCUCCACACAGUUCAAACAGUUGUUGCAAUAAUACAGACUCGGGGUGUUCAUCGAAAAACAGCGAAAAUGGAUCUUUAUUGUCCGUAAAGCAGUGCAGCGAAACUCUAAACAAAAAUUCACAAACAGCAGAUAUAUUUGGAACCCAUGACAUCCGCGAAAUAGGACAUUUUAAAACUGGUAUGAUGAAGAAAAAUGGAAUUUCAUCAGUAAAGGUGAAGAUAGAAGCAAUGCACUUAGAAGAAUUGUCAAGAAAAUUGCGUAACUUUCAACAGUACCCUGAAGAUACCGAAUUCAAUGAUUUGGUGUAGUUUAAAGUUGCAUUCAUAUGCAAACAACCUCAUACAAGUAGAAAAAUACUAAAAAACAGAUGAACCUCAUCCGGACAAAUACUGAGAUACUGAGGAACAUCAUACAGAAAAUACUGAGAGACCGAUAUAUUGACGCGCCUUUUACAAAGAAAUACUUUUUUCCUUCCAUGGAGAUUGCAGACAUCAAGAAAUUAAGAUAUUGAAAGAUUCCAAUUUAGAAUUUUGAAUUAGCUAUGACAGAAAUUCACAUUUUAAAAUGGUUUGAUUUAUAUUGGAUCAUUGUAUAAAGCGCUGUUUUCGUAUGUAUGCAGCUAGUGACACCUGGCGCACUGGAUUUAUGGGUUACGAGUUUGUGAAUAUACUACAUAGUUUUACAUUUCUCUGCAUCGCCAACGUAUUGUUUUUCUUUUAUUUCACAAUAACAUUAAUACUAUUAUAUUCCCCGACACGUCACUGCGAAUCAAAGAUGAAGCAAAGCACAAACUUCCAAAGCAAAAUUCCUAUUUAACUGCCAGUCCUAAGGUGCCGAGGUGCAAUUAUUAUGUCAAGAUAGUAGCUUCCACAGUUGAAAAGGACGGUGUUGUAUCAGUUCAGAGUUUUACUUUUACCGAUCGUUUUCGAUCAGUGGUCAAAUCAUUCGUAUCGUGAAGAAAGUCAGUGAUUAAUCUCUUGUAUUCACCAAAGGUGACUUUAGAAGUGAGAGUCAUGGGUCUUUUAAAUGAGACUUUACAAACCAAGGUACCAUGUUUCGUUUGGCGUUGAUAAAAUAAACUCAACCAAUGUUAGCGGUCUGAGCACCAUGCGUAGGUCUAAAUUUGUGACACUUCAUUUGCAGCUGAUGGCAUCCGAAUUCUAGGGAAAAAAUACAAAGAAACAAACAUUUAAAAAUUUCUUUAAUUUGUAAAAUAACAGGAAACAGAUGUGCAGAUAUAUUUUCACAACACGCUUGUGCUAUUAGUAUAUAUUUUCAAAUUGCAUUGCUUGACAUUCUUACGUUUCCUGAAAAUUGUUUAUCCUUUCCAGUUUUUAUUCAUAGCACAACAAUACAAAAAUUAGUCUGGAAAUAAAGUUCACAGUUAAAGAAAUGAUGAACUUUGUUAUAUUAUGCUUGUAGGUUAAGGUACAUAAAUUACAUAAAGCAGAUGAUAUGAUUCUUCAAAUCAUUCAAACACUCGACAUGACAUCAUGAUUUCUGAUAAACACUUCAAACAUCCACUCCACUAAUUAAUUGGAAUCUCAUAACUUGUGAUUGAACCUCCACCUGUCACGAUCUAGCUUAUAGUAACUAUAUAUUCACAUAGUAUCCAAUGAAUAACCAUCUAACAUAUUUUGGAUGACAAAGAACCGUUGCGUUGGAUUACCGAGGUUGCAAGUGAACAAUUAUCAUUUAAAGUUCUUCCCCCCACUAGUAAACGGCUGUAGAUUAACGUUAUUCUAGAUUACAUUGGUUGUGUAGUAAAUAGGGCUAUACGGACCAUGGAUAUCGGCCUGCAUAGCUCAGUGGUUAGAGCACCUGACUAGUAAUACUGGGGUCCCGGGUUCGAUUUCCGGUCAAGCCACAUAUUUUCUCCUGUCUCCUAUACUAUAUUUGGUGCCGUGACCACCCCUGGAUUUGCAGGUUGUCCUACCAGGGCGAAAAGAACCUGGGUUGUGUGUGUCUUCGAGGGCGAAGACUAUUUAAGGAGGAAGGAAUGUAGUAAUUAGGUCUAUAUAGACCGUGGAUAUCGGCCUGGAUAGCUCCUUUAUAUACUACAGUUGUCUCGCUUACUGGUUUUAUGAAAUGCGAAGAUAACGAACAGUGAUCAAUCUCAUGACUCCUAUAAGCAAUAUAGAAUAGAGAGUUAGGCUAACACAGACCCCUGGAUAGAUCUGAAGUUCUCGUUUCAUUUAUGAGUCAAAAUUUCUAUCUCAAAGUUAUUGUCAUGCUUGCUUGUCGACAGCUCUAGACUAAACUUUUCUCGCUCACUAGUGAACAGCUCAAAUUAAACGUCUAAUGCCGCUUACUAGUGAACAGGUCAAGAUUAAUUUGUAAUCUCGCUUCCUUGUGAACAGCUCUAGAUACAUGUACAUGUAAUAUGUGUUAGAUGCUUUUAAAUGAAUACUGAAUUUUAAAUGAGAACUUAUCUUUAUUUGUAAUUAUGGGCCAGAUGUUUGUGCAAAAAAUCAACAAGCAAUUGUUACCAGACCUGUGCCAUACAUUUGUCACUUUUAACGCAUAAUUAUCAUAUAUUGUUAUAGAUUUUGAUUACAAUCGUAUAAUGGUUGAAACACAUGUACUGCAGGUACGGCGUCCAGCCAA